UAACUUUCAUUUUCGAUUUUAACUCGUGAAAACAUGGAGUCAGUCCGACACUGGAUUGUACAAUUGAUUUGGUGAAGAACAAACCAGAGAACUGGUCAGACGAAAAAAAACCUUUACUGACGCAGAUUUGUAACGACCAGGAAACGACAGAAGACGGAACCGCUCGACUGACGUCACCUCUCCUCGUCGGUGUCGACAUGUUGGGAGAGACGGAGCCAGAGUGGUUGUCCGAGGAGGUGAAAACCGGAACGACCAUCAUUGCCAUAGAGUUCAAUGCCGGGGUCGUGCUGGGGUCCGAUUCUCGGGUGUCGGCGGGAGCAUCGGUGGUGAACAGGGUGAUGAACAAACUGUCUCCCCUCCACGACAAGAUCUACUGUGCUCUGUCCGGAUCUGCAGCGGACGCUCAGACUAUUGCUGAGAUUGUCAACUACCAGCUGGAUGUCCACAGUACUGAGAUAGGUGAAGACCCCCAGGUUCGCUCAGCUGCCACUCUGGUGCGGAACAUCUCGUACAAGUACAAGGAGGAGCUGUCGGCACAUCUCAUUGUGGCCGGCUGGGACAGAAGAGAUGGAGGGCAGGUGUUUGCGACCCUCAACGGCCUCCUGACAAGGCAGCCAUUUGCAAUCGGUGGCUCCGGCAGCUCAUAUGUUUAUGGGUUUGUUGAUGCGGAGUAUCGCAGGGGCAUGAGCAAGGAGGAGUGCCAGCAGUUUGUCGUCAACACUCUCUCUUUGGCAAUGAACCGCGAUGGCUCCAGUGGCGGCGUGGCCUAUAUCGUCACCAUCGACGAACAGGGCACAGAGGAGAAAGUCAUUCUGGGAAAUGACUUACCCACCUUCGUUGAUCAGUGAUCAACAUAAUGAAUAAUUCAUUGAAUAUCCAAUUAGGGUAUCAUAUUUCAUUUUUGGGGGGGCGGUCACCUUCACCGUCAACUUCUCAUCUGUCAACUAAUGCUAAACAUUUAAACUUCAUCCUCCAAAUGCAAAAUAAAAGAAAUAUCUUCCUCCUCUCA